GUUAGAAGGGAUAAGCUCAUAGGAACUCAAAACUGUCAUUUUUUUCUUGGUUGAAAGGUUUAAUCUCUCACUCCAAAGAGCUAGAGGACACCAUUUGUGCUGGUGGCCUUUGCUCUCAUCACUCAUAAUUCCACAUAAAACUCCUUGUAAAGCCACCUUUUUUGAUCCAAUAAUUCAAAUCCCUUCACCCACCUCACUUCCUAUAAUAACUCCCCCAUUUGAAUCAGAUUCCAUUUCCUAAAAAAUAUGAUUCACCAAGAGAUGGAUAUUGAUCAUGAAUGGGUUUUCCUCCCUGAUAAUAGAUUCCUGGAUAUCAAUCAAGACCAUGGAGGAAAACAAGUUUCUGAUUCAAACCUUGUUUUCUUCACAGACUACUUCGAUGAAGAACAGUCUCCACCGUCAGGGAAUUCAGGGAAGAUAGCUAAACAAGUUGUCCCAGUUCCAUUUCCAUUGGAACCAAGAAUCCUUAAGGUUCCAGAAAAUGAACUAGGGAAGGAAAUCACCAAAAGGGUACCUCUUGAUUUCAGUUCUACACCAUCCAUGAUCCUUGAGAAGAUCAAAGAAGCUGGUAUGGAAUCAGUUGGAGGUGAUAAAGAAGUGAAGACACAAGUUUCGUUUAGGAAACCAAGUUACAACAACAAUGAAUCUGUCGACAUGACCAACAAAAUGGACUCACCAAGGUCCACUACGAAAGGAGUUAUCCCUCAAUUGGAUGCUGCAGGUACGUUUAAUUUUGACGAUGAAACUGGAUUUUUGGAGAACAUGAGUUCCCCCAAAAUAAAAGAUUUGGUGGAAAAGAAAGCUGAGAAUAAAGAUGUAAACUGGGAAGAAAGCUCUGGUGGCCUUAAUUUAUGGAAAUGGAGUUUGACUGGUAUCGGAGCCAUCUGCUCUUUUGGUGUUGCUGCGGCUACUUUUUGCAUCAUCAUUUUUGGAACUCAACAAAGGAACAAACAACAACUGAACCAGAAACUGCUGUUCCAACGUUACAGUGAUGACAAGAGGAUGAAACAAGUGGUUCAUCACACAACUAAACUCAAUGAAGCAAUUUCAAUGGUGAGAGGAGUACCAAUCACCAGAGCUCAAAUAACAUUCGGUGGUUACUAUGAUGGUAUUUAAAGCAAUGUUGCUUGGAGAAAUCUGGACCACUCAUCUGCUGUUGUUCUCCAAGUGUCAAGGAUUUAUUAUGCCAGUUCUAUACAAGAAUGUUAAAAUAGGGGUAUCUGUGUUUUUGUACAUAAUAAAAUGGUAAAUGGAUUGUGAAUCCUGCUUGUAGUCCUGAAAAUUCUAUAUUAUAGUGUUUAUUUAGCCACUUAUAAUAGAUGCUUGCAUCAUUGGCAUAUGCAAGCAUAGUUUUUAAA